CCGGGCGUCGGUUGAUGACGCAGCGUAACGAGGAUUAGGAACGAGGAAGUCAAGAGAAACACGAAUGGUUUCCUUCAAACUGACAUUUAAAAAAAAAAAAAAAAAAAAAUCAGGAAUGCAAUGGUAGAUGUAAACAACGGUUGUUUUCUCCAGAAAAUAUACCAGCUUUAGUGUUUGGGAUAAGGCUAGUAGCUGGGUAGCUAACAGAUAACUUAGGUAACUGUAUCUAACAGUUAACGUAGGUAACUGUAGCUGCUGGUUUUAAAAUGUAUCAUAUGGGAUGUUUUCACGACUAAACCGACCGAAAUUAUUCUAACCCACCUUGUCUCCACAGUACGGGUUACUGCUUUAACUUGUCGCGGGUGGGUUUCGGUUAUACGUGUUUAGCUAUUAGCUUACCUGAACUAAGGGUCUUUUCGUGGAAACUAAAGCAUAAUUAAAGCGCAACUGAUGAUUUGUUUACAUUGGCGGCCUGUUUGCCAGUGGUGGAAAGUAACUAAGUAGUUAAGUGCAUUUACUCAAGUAGUUACAGCACUUACGUACACAUUUCGGUGCUUGGACUUUACUCGGACACUGCCAUUUAAUGGUACUUUACACCUCCGCUCCACUAAAAGCUGGCACGUACUGCACUUUUGACUCCACUACAUUUAUUUGACAGCUUUAGUUACACGUUACUUUGCUACAAAAUUAAGAUAUAGAAAACAUAUGAUCAACAAAUAAAACGGGAUGCAUUUAUGCAUAUUGAACUACCCAGCAGCAUAUAAGUGCCCUAAAAUUAGCUACAACAUGAAAAUGCAGGUUAUCCAUUAAUGUACCAGUAACAAAAAUAUACAUGACACUCCUUUUGUACAUUUAGCUACUAAUACUGACAAACUUUUAAUGUAAUGCAAGUCAAAUUCUGAAUGCAGGACAUUUACUUGCAACGGUGUAUGUUUUACACUGAGGUAUUACUACUAUUACUUGAGGAAAGGAUCAGAGUAGGUCUUCCACAACUGUUGUUUAUGAUGUUGACCAGCUGAAGGUCAUAGUUUGCCCUUUUUUAUUAUUUACAGCUACAUCAGUGCUUACUGACUCGGGUGCAUUUAAGGCAACCGCCCUGCCUGUGGACAUGCGGAGCAUCUGCAGAGUGCUGGUCUUCGCUCUAGCAGCGGCAUCGUGCUUCACGCCUGUGCAUGUCCCGGAGUUCUGCCAGGGCGCCGGCCCUGACUGCCACAGCCAUGACGACACGGCAUCAGACAGCCAGCCGCCCCCACGCACUGUCAAAUCCAGGUGGAACAUAAGUGUUUCAGACCUCAUACAGGCCCUGGAUCAGUUCAGGGUGUCCUGCAAGAAGCUUAUUGAAGCAUUCCCAAUCGACGAGGUUGAUGGCAACUUUGUUCGCACUGUGAAGAACUGCAUAUUUUCCAAAUCCAUUCCAACCCCACUGAAAGGACCGUUAAGGCUGGCGGCAGUUUCAGAGGAUGUCAUCACGGGGAUCUUAGACUUAGACGUGGCUGUAACACAGUCAGAGGACUUCCUGCAUUAUGCCAGUGGUGGCAGACUCCUUAUAGGAUCUGUACCUCUUGCACACAGAUACGGGGGUCAUCAGUUUGGCUACUGGGCAGGUCAGCUGGGGGAUGGUCGAGCACAUUUUCUUGGUCAGUAUUCCAACAGGAAGGGAGAAAUAUGGGAACUGCAGCUUAAAGGCUCAGGAAAAACACCAUAUUCGAGGUCGGGAGAUGGUCGGGCUGUGAUCCGCUCGUCUGUCAGGGAGUUCCUGUGCAGUGAGGCAAUGCAUUUCCUGGGUGUCCCCACCAGCAGGGCUGCCAGUCUAAUUGUAAGUGAGGAGCUGGUGUUGAGGGAUCAGUUCUACAGUGGCGAUGUGAAGACAGAGAGAGGAGCUGUUGUUCUCCGGUUAGCCAAGUCCUGGUUUCGGAUUGGAUCGUUAGAAAUUUUGGCUCAAAGUGCAGAGAUAGAUCUCCUGAGAAAGCUGUUGAACUUUGUGAUUGAUGAACAUUUUCCCUCAAUCAGUUCAAGUCACCCAGAUAAAUAUUUGGUGUUUUUUUCCACGGUUGUAAAUGAAACAGCAAAUCUGAUUGGCCAGUGGAUGUCCGUGGGGUUUGCACAUGGUGUGUGCAACACAGACAACUUCAGCCUCCUGUCCAUCACCAUCGACUAUGGACCAUUUGGCUUCAUGGAGUCGUAUAACCCCAACUUUGUCCCCAACACAUCUGAUGAUGAGGGCAGAUACAGCAUAGGAGCUCAGGCAAACGUCGGACUGUUUAACCUGGAGAAGCUCCUGGGGGCUCUCAGUCCCGUCCUUACACAAAAACAACAGAAAGAGGCUAAAAUGAUCUUAAAAGGAUAUGUUAAUAUUUACCAGAUGAGAAUUCACCAGAUAUUUAAAGCCAAACUGGGGCUUCUUGGUGAAGAGGAAGAGGACAGCUACAUUAUUGCCUUCCUGCUUCAGAUGAUGGAGGACACACAGUCGGACUUCACCAUGACCUUCAGACAGCUCAGUGAAGUUUCAGACCUGCAGCUUCACGACGGGAACUUCACACAGAUGUGGGCUCUUGAUGACCUUUCAUUGCACAAGCACUUCACGGACUGGGUCAGAAUGUACCUCCUCCGGGUCAGCAGACAACGAAAUGACACCGGUUCUGAUCGUCAAAACAGGAUGAGAAACGUAAAUCCUAGAUAUGUGCUGAGGAACUGGAUGGCAGAGUCGGCCAUAAGGAAAGCUGAGAUGAAUGAUUUUUCUGAGGUGGCGCAGCUGCACCAUAUCCUGUCCUCUCCGUUUGUUACACAAGAGACUGCAGAGGAGGCGGGCUAUGCAGCAAGACCUCCACUGUGGGCUGAGAGGUUAAAGGUCAGCUGUUCUUCAUGAACGAGCCCUGGAUAUUGCGAAAUACUAAAAUGAAGAAGAAUUACAAUUUAUCUGAUCUUUUGUGGCGUAUUUGGGUUAAAUCCUGUCGUGCUGCUGGACAAUAUUUGCUCCAAAAUUUCAAGGUCAUGGCUUUUUUAUAUUUCCUUUUUUGCUAAAAAUUACCCACAAUGUGUGGCUUCCGUGACCAACAAAAAUCCGAUUGUCUUUUGCUCCUAAAAAAUUCUUCUUCUCAGGAGAUGAUACAUCUUGUCCCUCCGGUUUGACACCAAAAUAAAGACAAAGAUGCUGCUUCGA